UGACUCUUCAAUUUUCUGACAUUUGUUUACUUCGUUUUGUUCAUGUUGUUCUUGUUGGUACUUUUCGUGAUUCUCCUAUUUCGCAAGUAGUUUUUGGUGUUGAAAGCAUUGAUCAACAACAGCGGCAAGGGAAAAAAUAUACAUUCCAAUCUCUGGAUUAUCAUAGGGAGGAAACUUCAACAAAGAGGAAGAAACAGAAAGAAUAAGAAAAACCCUAUUCGCCAUUGUUACUGCAUUAAAAAAGAAAAUCUUUUCUUGUCCAUUCUCUUGGAAUUGAUAAUUAAAGCUCCUGAAAUCCAACUGAGCUGCAAUAAGUAACAAGGAAAAACAAGUAAAACCAUGGCAGACGACGAAUCCAAAGCACUUCUUCCCGGCGGUGGUGAGUACGACGAAGCUAAAAUGUACUCGGCUGCCGGCGAAGGCUCGGAGAAUCCUAGCACAGGAGGUGUAGCUCCAUCGGUGGUAUCAUCGAUUGGUCCAGAUGAAUUGCCCCCGCCAUACCAACAGGCGGCCAGUGGAGGUGUUCCAAUGGUCACAUGCCGGGUAUGUCAGAGUAUGAUUGACAUAACAACCAAACGAGAGCAGCAUGUUGUCAAAUGUGGUCAGUGUAAUGAAGCAACACCAAUUCGUAACGCUCCACCUGGUAAAAAAUAUGUACGCUGUCCAUGCAAUUGUUUGUUGAUUUGCAAGAGUUCAUCACAACGAAUUGCAUGCCCACGACCAAAUUGUAAGCGAAUAAUCAAUCUGGCACCAAGUCCAGUUACACCCCCUGUGCCUGCAAUGCCUGGCAUGUGUCGUGUCACUUGUGGCCAUUGUUCGGAUACGUUUUUGUUUAAUACAUUCACCAAUGCGUUGGCCCGUUGUCCCCAUUGCCGAAAAGUUUCAUCGGUUGGCUCAAAGUUUGCUCGUGGUCGUGGAAUAAUCUUUUCUGUGUUUGGUUUUGUGUUUCUUCUGAUCGCUAUUGGUGCCACAAUUGGAACAUAUUCAUAUGCCAAAGAACACGGAGGAGUUUUCGUCGCGUAUGUUGGCGCUUUUCUAAUCUCAACAUUUCUCUUCGCCCGAGCGGUAUACUACUUCCGCCUUAAAGUUAGUGCCAUAGAUGGCCCCAUGUAAAAUAUUUAAUCAUUAUUUUUUAUCAUUCCUUUUUUGAUAUUACAACAAAAACAAAAAUCCGAAAUUCGAACAAAACAAUAAGCAGCAAGAGUUGUUAAAAAGAAA